AUGCUCUUGCUUCUCGUCUCUGUGGCUGUGUUACACACUAAUGCGUCGCAGUCGCAGCAAGCUCAACUUGAGAAAUUCAUCUUGUCUCGAAAAGCGGCCGACAAGAUCACGGCGCUGCCGGGGCAGCCACACGUCGACUUCGACCAGUACAGCGGGUACGUGACCGUCGACGAGAAGCACGGCCGCGCGCUCUUCUACUACUUCGUGGAAGCGCCGCAGGAUGCAUCGUCCAAGCCACUCCUCCUGUGGCUUAACGGAGGGCCUGGAUGUUCGUCGUUACUCGGAGCAAUGCUAGAGCUGGGCCCGUUCCGCGUGAACUUCGAUAACGUAACACUUAGAGUAAACGAGUAUGCCUGGAACAAAGAGGCUAAUGUAAUCUUUCUGGAGUCGCCCGCUGGUGUCGGAUUUUCUUAUUCCAACACAUCAUCUGACUACAAUGAGAGUGGGGAUUCAAGGACCGCCGAGGAUGCGUACAUCUUCCUUGUCAAUUGGCUUGAGAGGUUCCCUGAGUACAAGACGCGUGCCUUUUAUAUUUCUGGUGAGAGCUACGCUGGUCACUAUGUGCCACAACUAGCUGCCACCAUCCUUAGUCACAACUUGUACAACAACGGAACGAUAGUAAACCUUCAGGGCAUCUUGGUUGGCAAUCCAUAUCUGGAUGACUAUAAAAACCAGAAGGGACGAUUUGAGUACCUAUGGAACCAUGGGGUGUUGUCCGAUGAGGCCUGGGCCAACAUUACCAACCAUUGCAGUUUUAACUCUUCAGAUAAUGAACUAUGCUCGGAGUUCUAUGGGUGGUACGAUUUUGGUCCCAUUGAUCCCUACGGCAUAUACGCUCCCAUUUGCAUCGAUGAACCUGACGGAUCAUAUCACUCCAGCAGUUAUCUACCAGGGUACAAUCCAUGUGACUUCUAUCCUACCUGGACCUACCUCAAUGAUCCUGUGGUGCAAGAGGCUUUUCAUGCUAGAAAGACUGAAUGGGAUAGCUGCGCAAACCUAGAUUGGAAAGAUGCGCCAAAAUCUAUGGUGCCGACCCUCCAGUGGCUAAUCAUGCAUGGGCUGCCCGUAUGGUUGUUUAGUGGCGAUUUUGAUGCCAUAUGCCCACUCACCGCCACAAGAUACUCGAUCCAAGAUCUGAACAUCUCAGUCACAACACCGUGGCGUCCAUGGACAGCAAAAAUGGAGGUGGGAGGUUAUGUUCAACAGUAUGCAGGAGGCUUCACAUUUAUUACUGUGAGGGCCGCUGGGCACAUGGUUCCAUCUAUGCAACCCGGGAGAGCUCUCAUAUUGCUCAACUAUUUCCUCAAAGGGGUGCUUCCUCCUUAUAUACAAGAACAAUGA